CAACUCGCAUGUCAAGUCGUCGUUUGCGCGUCGCAUGUGCUUUCUCUAUUUUGUCGAGUGUGAAGUGUCCAUCUCAUCGCAGGUGUGUGCAGCAAGCCCUCAUCAUCUCAAGAAGAACUGAUCUUGCUGAACCAAGACCAAGAGCUCAAGAUUUCAAGCCCAAGGGACGUGAAGUGGCAUUGGGUGAGGAGCAUGGUAACCGCUGGUGAAGUGGAGUUGCACUACAUGAAGACGACGGCGCAGCCUGCUGAUAUGAUGACCAAGAGGCUGGUUGAGCAGCAGCAUUGGAAGUGUUGCAAGCUUGCUGGGAUGGCUCUGAACUAAGGGGAGCAGAUUCUAAGGCCAAC